GGGUCCACACAUCCCUCCUCCCCUCCAAAUCCAUCCGCGACAAGCAUUGAGGAAUCGACUCGUCAUUUUUGUACGGUUUUGCUCAAUAUAAAAGAAAAUCGUACGCACUCGGUCCCCGCACACACACUCGACGCGUAUAUCGUGAGCGUUUGCGAUCCAUUUAAAAUUAAUAUAUCCGUUUAUUCAAUCCUGCUAACAAACCACGCCCCCAAUAUCGGAGUGGUUCAAUUCCCCCCCCCCCCUCCGCACAGCAUCACGUGAUGCGAUUAUAGCCAAUGGCCCAGGUCGCUUCGACAAAUACCCCGCCGACCGACUCACCGCCCCCCCCCAUUUCUUCACCGCGGCCGCGUCACCUUCCCGCCGCGCGGAUUAAUCUCCGCGUUGAACGGCUUUUUUUUUCUUUGGGCGCGCGCGCCGAUUGGCCGGCCGGGCUUGAAACCAAACAAGCGCGGCCGCGUGAUUGGUGGAGGCCGCGGACUGACCUCUCCGCGCACUACUUUCUGGGGAGAUGGUGGAGACGCGAAGUUGAUGGCGGCGCCCGAGGGGAUAGCGGCGCUCGUGAAGGGACGUGCAGCGACACGAUCGAAACGUUUGCCUUCGAAUGUUUUAACGAGGGUUCAUUUUUAUAUCUCUUUUUAGCAGAAUUCCCCUUUCAGCAGAAUUCGUCACGACCAGUUUUGAGACCCCCCCUUGGCGCCCACCACAACUUCCUCACCAACCACCACAUCGCUGACCACAUUGGUGGAUGGUUCAGGCCCGAAGUCACGUUUAAUGCGGCACGCUUUAAUACGCAUAUGAUGACAACGCGCACCGACUGAAAUUGACGUAUUAAAAUGAAAUGUUUUAUCUUCACAUUUGAAAGCGCCCCACAACUGCUACACGUUUCGAUUCCUCACAGCGACGUUUGCCCCCCUGCUGUUCGCGUUCGUGACCCAAAUCUGGGCCAAUUCCGGAGAACAAAAUCGCAGGCCCACAUUAUCCACGGGGUUCUCGACGAUUUUACUCUUACCCCGCGGGGCUAACAUCGGUGGAUAACCGACAGACAAUAGAAUGUAAUUCGCCUUGCGACUCUUUUUUUGUGUACAAUUUAAAACAAUAUCCCGAAUUGGAUGUUACGCAAAGACAUUGGAAAUUGAAGUCGCGGAUUAGAGGAAGAUGGCUUGUGGAUAACACGAGUUGUCGCGGAUAAUAGAGGCCGCAUAAACGCGUUUUAUUAUAGUACUGGAAUGUGAAAAAGUGCAAUAUGUUGCCUCGAUAUUAAUGGGGUGGAACCCUUAGCCUGCCAAGCUGCAGUACACGAUAAGCUUUCCAUACGCCAGUUUGGUUUGAUAACACACUACUGUUUUUUUUAAAUAUAUACUCUACCCCCCUUUCCAUCGGAAUGAAUCCCUUAAUCUGGAAUCUAGAAUAAACCACGGCUACUAAAAGGAUAAAUUUCUGGUUGUGACUACUGUACUCACGACAGGGCUGUAAUGUGUUAACAUGUCCAAUUUAAAUACUUAAACUACGAUUUGUUUUAAGUUUCAUAUUUAAGAUAAAGUAACGUAGGAACAAAAUGCAGAUCACCAAGCCGUGUUAGUCAUGGGUAUACAUUUCCUAUACUUCACCACGCUGGUCAAUGUGGGUUGAAGGAUGAAAUGGCCCAGUAUCAGUUCAGAUCUCACUUAAUUGAUGUUAGCCAUGGCCAGGAAUCAAACUCAGAGUACCGAGUUCAUCGUGCAGUGAAAUUCUCACCUCAAUAUACACAGUAUUGGCUGCAUAUAUUGACUCAUAUUUAAGCAGUCCUACAACUGAAUGCAUACAAGUUCAAGUUAUUUGUUUAACCCGGUGAGAACUCGAGAGAGAGCAGGAUACGUAUCAUUUGCAAGUGUGACCUGGGUCACCAAAGUGACGCACAUAAACUUUACCGAUCACCAGCUACGCGGCGAUUUAGACAAGCAUCUUCAAGAGACCCGAGCAGAAAAACUAGAAAACAGGGGUGAAGAACUCUGUUGUUGUGUGGCGUAUGGCCCACGCAAAUCGGCCAAAAUCGACACCGUGUUUUGUACUCCCCCCACCCCGCCGAGCCUUAAACGACUCACAAAAAUAGCCACGCGUGACAGCGAGCUAAAGUUACUCCUCUCACCCACACAUCACUGCUCGCACGGCACCCACGGCCACGCGCGUUCACACUCUGCAUGUGUUGCGCGGUCAAUCGGCCGAACGCAGUGCUCGGAGGUCAACAGGUUACUACCUAUUAAUACAGCAUAGCUGUGCAUACGGCCUAAUAUCAAUAACUCACAAAUAAAGCGGAAGUUGAGCAAUGGACAACAUCCUGCUUGCGCAAGAGGACAUGUGCGGGGAGGGAAAGAUCCGAUUCUUAGAGGCGCUCAAUGCCAACGAAGUGGCGCUGGUGGAAAAUUAUCUGCAGAGCGACAUCGUCCAAGUCGACCAAAUCUUCUACGUGGAGGACGAGCACAUGAAGCUGGCUGCCUACAAACCAGGCUUCUGGCUGCCUAACUACAAACUCCAGUCCUCGAGCGUCAUGCCGCUGCACGUGGCUGCGGCACUGGGCCGGGAGGAGUGUACACGGGUUCUGCUUCGCCGCGGCGCAGACCCCAACGCCAUGCCCAACGGCAAGACGCCGCUGCACGUGGCCUGCUUGCUGGAGCGGCCUGCCAUUGUGUCACUGCUGCUGGAGUACGGGGCCGAUCCCGACAAGUACUCGACCAGCGGACUGGCCGCCAUCCAUUACUGCACCACUCCACAGUCCCUAGAGUGCUCCCUGCUGCUACUGAGCGUAGGCGCAGACGUGAAUCUGGAGACGGGGAACGCAGCCGAGGAGAUGCCCCUCCACACGGCGGCGCGGUGCGGCCUUCCCGAGCACACGGCGCUCUACGUGUCGCACGGCGCCGAGGUGGAUGGCAGCGACGGGCAUGACGAGACACCGCUGUGCACCGCCAUCUUCUGGGCGCUCAGCAUGAGGAACAUGUGCGUCAGCCCCCAGCACCACAAGGUGUGCGAGCGGUUGCUAACGCUGGGCGCUGACCCCAACGGCGUGGACACGGAUCGCAAGUCGGCGCUGCACCGUGCCGCCUGGAACGCGGACUGCACACUGCUCGAGUUGCUGCUGUCGGCGGGCGCGCACGUGAACCAGCUGGACGGCCUGGGCUGCACGGCACUGCAGUACAUCGUGCGCGUCGUGAGCGUCCGCCCCACGCUGCAGCCCGAGCGAUGCAUCCAGAUGCUGCUCAAUCACGGCUCCGUGAGCAUCUACCCGCUCCAGUUCCACAAGGUUCUGGAGCUGUGCGGUAACAGCCCGGCCGCCGUAGAGAUCCUCGUCAACUCCUACAAGCAGCUGCGGAUCACACACGCCUGGGCGCCAGCUCUUUCGCAAGAUGCCCGGGAGGCACACAGGGACUUCUACGCGUCACUACUGCACUUCUGCAACGGAGUGCCGCGAUCCUUACUGCACCUGUCCCGCUGUGCCAUCCGCGGGGUCCUGGGCGAGCGUUGCCACUGCCAGAUUCCACGCCUCCCGCUGCCGGCGCGGCUCAGGGACUACCUGCUCCUGAAUCCCGAGGGGAUCAUCUACUGAGGCUCUGCCAUGAGCACCGUAAAGUCUAAGAGUGGUUGAAAUCGAAAAGGCGAAAUAUAGCGAUGGAGAGAAGACGGUGUUUCGGGUGGAGUGUAACACAAGGCUACCAUAUAUUUUGGGAGGCUUAAUGGGGGGCCACAUUGUGAGCUGCCAUCCCCUCCCCACCCUAGGCCACGCCAAAAUUUUAUACAGCCGUGCUCAUAAGGCCCCACCUUCCUCUACCAAUCACGCCCACUAUUCAAGUACCGCUGACCCCAUCACAUAUCAUGCAGAAGUCGAGCGUAGAGCAAGAAAAUGUUCAACCGGGACAAAAACGCAAUUUCCACAGACACUUUCCAAAAUUGAGAUUGUCCAGGAUCCAAACUGGGACAUGUAGCUUUUAUGUACAGGCUAACAAAACACUUGCCCUUAACUCAUAAUCCGAGCAAGUUUAAAGUUGAAGUCAUAAUAAAGGUUUUUGGGUUAGAUCUCGUUAUUUAUAAAUGUGUCGUAACCCUCCACCACCCGACACGGC